AUGUACACGGGCAUCACACUCUGUUUCAAUCUCUUCCAAUGUAUUUAUCGAUGCUGCAUUCUCUUUGCCGAUCCCAGUCUCCUCACUAUCUAUCUAUCUAUCUAUCUAUCUAUCUAUCUAUCUAUCUAUCUAUCUAUCUAUCUAUCUACGUCCAUUAUGGAUAUACCUAUCUGUUUAUUUCUUAUCCAUUAUAUAUCUAUCUAUCUAUCUAUGUAUUUUCAUAUGUAUGUAUGUAUUUUCAUAACUAUCUAUUUAUGGCUUUUCAUAUCUAUCUAUCUAUCUAUCUAUCUAUCUAUCUAUCUAUCUAUCUAUCUAUCUAUCUAUCUCAGUCUGUUCAUUAUCUAUCUAUCUAUCUAUCUAUCUAUCUAUCUAUCUAUCUAUCUAUCUUAUUGUUUUAAAAUAAAAUCUUUACACUUGCCUAUCUAUCUAUCUAUCUAUCUAUCUAUCUAUCUAUCUAUGCUUUUUCAUAUCUAUCUAUGCUUUUUCAUAUCUAUCUAUCUAUCUAUCUAUCUAUCUAUCUAUCUAUCUAUCUAUCUAUCUAUGUAUGCUUUUUCAUAUCUACCUUCCUAUCCAUCAGAGGACGAAACGCAUCGUCUAAGUUAA